AUCCCCGUCCCGGGCCGCCGCAGCGGGAUGGCGCCGGGGCUGCUGGACCUGGUGCACUUGACAACCUGGGCCGUGUGUGCCGUGAUCAAGCUGCCGCAGCUGGUGGCGGUGCUGAGGGCCGGCUCGGCGUGGGGACUCAGCGUGAGCAGCCUCCUCCUGGAGCUAGCUGGCCUCCUUGUGUUUCUGAGGUACCACAUCUAUUAUGGUUACCCCCUGGAGACGUACCUGGAGUUUCCUGUCGUCAUUGCACAAGAUGUCAUUCUCCUUGGCUGUAUUAUGCAUUUCAGUGGAAAAGUGAGACGAGCUUGUUUCUAUGCACUCGUAUAUUGGGUGGGCUGGUAUAUGAUAACACUGCAGAAGUGGAUAAUAGAUCUGGCCAUGAAUCUGUGCACACUCGUCAGUGCAGCCAGUAGGCUGGUUCAGCUGCAGCAUCUCUGGGAGACCAAAGAUGCCAGAGAGGCGAGCGCCCUGACCUGGGGCAUGUCUGUGUACGCCUCUGCAGCAAGAAUUAUUACAACUCUAAUGACUACAAAUGAUUAUGCAGUUCUCAUCCGUUUCAUAGUCAUGCUCAUUCUCAAUAUUUGGGUCACAGCCACAAUCCUGCACUACAAGAAGAUUAAAAAGACUGAUUAGACGACACUCAUCAGCACACAUAUCAUUACCAUAAAAAAUAUCAUUAAGCCUAACGAAUUUAAGAACUCUUCAAAGACUGAGGAAGCUCUCUUUCUCUAGUAUUUACCCUUUAGCAUAGUUACAGUAUUUACAGUACUUACAGACUUACAGUAUAGCACAUUCAUGCUUGCUUUCUCUUAGAAAUAAUUCUGAUAAGAUACUUAAUUUAAGCAGCAUAUUUUUAUUGGUCAUUUCAGACAAGUUUCACUGAUAUCACAUUUUCUCUGGAUUUUUUUACUACAAGGUAUUUCAUAGUUAGAUGUAUAUAUAUUCUGGUAUCACUUCAGUACUUUCUGGUUACAUAUAAGCAAUUUUCUUCAAUUAUACAUGAUCAAUUUUGCACCAACAUACUGACUUGUCCUGCUGCAAAACUGUAAAACCACAACAGAAGUUUGUCUUCUUCUUGCAAGCAACUCAGUUCAACAUUAACUGUCUGUAUUUUAGGAUGAAGAAAAUCUGAGUCAAGGCCCAAUCCAGAAUAAGGUUCUAAUUACUAAAUCACAAAUCCAGUUGGAUUGUAGCACUUACAUGCAACACUUAAAUAGUACAAUUUAUACAGCUGAUACAGGAUACCCAUAGUCACUUUCCUCAGCAUACCCAGUUUUUAAUUGGAUAAGAGAGCAAAAACUCAACUACAAAUUAUUUUUCAACCUGAGCUCUCAUUCACUGAACAUACUAUUUUGGGAACAGCAGGGACAGGAAUGUAUGGGAAUUAAUGAAACUGUGGCCAACAGUUAAAAAUACCGUUCAAGCAAAAGUUCCUGGAAUGAUAUCCAGAAUUCCCAAACACCAUCCAUACUGACAGUGACAUGUGCACCUUGAUGCAUCUCAGCAGACUGAUCUCCUGCAGUUGUCAGGUUUUGGUGAUACUGCUCUGUGGUUUGUGAAUUUUUGGCCUGUCAGUGCUAAGUGUGUUGAAGAACAUGGACUUCACAUAAACUUUUACUUCAGAAAUUCUAAUAAAUUUUGUAGUACUUAGAGUAAAAAAGGGGAAAGGAUAUUCUUGACAACUAUUAACAGAGGAUUUUGGUUUUGAAAGUACUGCCUUCACAACCAAAAGUUAUGUUAGUAAUCAUACAGCUUGCCUUCAUUUAGCAUUACAUUCCCCAAAAUUAAAAGAUACAACAUUUCAAGAGUUCUUACGGUAUUCUGUUGAUUGGCAUGUAAAAACCUAGGCACCCUUGAUCCCAACACCCUUGAAAACUAUGGGAAGACUGCAUUGACUCCAUUUGAGGCAGGUUUUCUUUGAAACAUUCUAAAUUGUGUGACUGCUGUGGAGCAAAGGGAUCUGCAAAAGCAGAUGUUUCUGCCAGUGAGCAUGCAGCAAUCGGAGCAUUCACCAUCAGAAAGCAGCUGCUUCGUACUCUAAAUUUUAGUGGGAAGGGCUGGGAAGAGAUGUGUCUGUGGGCAGUGAUUUCAUGUAUCCCACAUCACUGACAGCAAGUCAAAGAUGAGCUUUUCUUUACUGCUCCAAUAAAAAGUCAAAUCUUUCAAUGUUGGUUGAAAGAUUAAUUGUAAACAUUCUGAUUUUACUAAAUGUGUGUAAAGUAUCUGAAGUGGUCUAAAUGGUGGCAAGUGGCAUGUGAUAUAUUUUCCAGGUGAUACUAAUAAAUGCAAUUUUUCAAGAUUGAUAGUGUCAUUUUUACAGUUAAUUUUCAUUGCAUUUGAGUUUUUAUUGUUUAUUGUUCUCUCCAUACAUGGAGAGAAAAUGAAAUAUUCAUUACAGGUCAUAAAUGGGCAGCUUUCACCUUAACAUUUGAAGCAUCAGGCUGAAUACUGACCUGCCAAAUGCUAAAGAGCUCCAGCAUCUUAAAAUGAAAAAAACCACGGUUGCUUUUCAAUUAAAGCCUUUUCUUGAUAGAGAAAGAUUUGUAUGGAAUUCAAACCCUCUCUGUUAUUGACAUCUUUCACACUCCUGAGUGAUGCUGUAGCAAGAUGAAGCUGCUCCAUUUUUGGUUUGAGAAUCAGCACCUCAAGAUGGUUUUUUAUCAUAAAAUACUGAAAAUGCAUUUAAGAACAGUUCUUAAUAGGUUACUUAAUGCAUUUUGAAUAAAUCACCUUAGAAACCUGUGGGAAAAAAAGACUGAGGAAAACAAAUAAAGCUGGGUAAUUAAUGAACUUAAGGUAAAGUAAUUUUGUGGACUUGGAAAGCUGGACCAUGAGUUCUGAUUCAAGCUGCAAGAGAUAUGGAACAAAUCAGAAACUAGCAGUAAAUAGUUGUACACACUUUUUCCUCUCUCAGAGAGUAACUUCCAUAAACAGAGGCACAUUCAAAUUCCAGGCAAGCCCCACGAAAGCGCAGGCACUGUGUUUUCCAGUAAGUAAAGAAUAAUCUUCUCGGUGGCUGGAUUAAAGGCAACAGCUUUAGACAAACAUAGGCAGGAUAAAUCUUGUUAAACUUGUCAUUCACCAGUAUCAGGGUGGAAACAGGGAGGUCAUUGGCUGUGUAAUGCAGCAGCAGGGCAAAAGCAAGCAGGGAAAGCAUCUUGGAUUUACGGCAGAAGGUGUAAGCAAGUAAGCAGCUCUUGUCCACAGGGCUGGAAGUAAUCCAGCCCCAUUCACAGAUACUGUACAGGUGUGGAAUUACACACUCGGUGUCUAAUUGUACCAGUUCACAACAUGCUCACAAGGUAACACAACUUGUCCUGCCCUGGCUGACUAAGUAUGUGUCUUGCCGGGGCUUUCAAAAACUUUGAGUCUUCUUGUCUGUGAGAAGACAAGCUCUGAGUUCCAGUACAGUCCACUAAAUAACCCCAAGAACCUCCAGCAGUGGCUGUGACAAACUGUGACUGGAUUGGGCAGCAGGUAAGCUAGAAGCUCACUUCAGCUGUAUGAGAGAGAAAACAUUUACCAUGAGAUUUACUCUUGAAAGAAGGAGGAUGUGAGCCCAGAGACAGCAGGCUGCAGGUCUGGACAUAGAUGUGGACAGGGGAAGAGGUGUAUAGUUUAUUUGUUCUGGACUGUCCUCAGUGAACAAACACUGAACACAAAUGCAAACGCAUCCUCUCCCCUCCCUAUGGGCGUCCCUUAGCACUGGGCAUUCUGUGUGAAGCAGACACAGAUCUUUCCUUGUGCUGCUCCAAUCCACCAAGGGAUGGGAUUGCUUGGACUGCUCAGGAGCCCCUCUCCCUGCCGGAGCCCCAAGCCUCUGUCUGCCUUACGCUGUGAACGUGGCUGCUCCCCAGCCUGGCUCUGCUCAGCUGAUCUACUGAAACACAAGAGAAAGGAGUGGGCUGGGGAGGCAGGGACAGCCCCCAACCGCUGCGGGUUGAGAGCUGGAUUUUAGUGCAGUUUGACUCUGGAGACCAAAGUAAUUCAGAAUUAGCUGAAUGGCCCCAAUCUUAUAAAACACCUUUACUCACUUCUUUAAAUGUGGUAAAAUUACUCUUCCUCCACCAAACAAUCAUCCACUUAGUGACAUAUGUAAUAGGGGGAAAAUUAAAAAAGGAAAUAAUAGCUGAGUCCAGGCAAGGAACUAUUGUAAAUGAAAAACUCCACAGAUGUGGAGAUAACUGAUAUGAGGUAGUUUCCCAGCCAUGUAUUUUCCCUGAUGAUAAAUAAUAAUGACUUCCCUCCAAAUUCUCUUCAGGCUGGUUUUUCCUCUCUCUUCCAAGUUCUUCCAUACUUGAAAUUCAUAUUUAUGUAUGAAGCAGAACAUGAAAUGUCACUGUCAUCACCAAUAAUGGUCUAAGGAUAUCUCACUUUUGAAGGUGAGGAAACUGAAAAAAAUAUCUUAAAAUAGGAUGUUCUAAAGUUCUUGGUUUGUACUAAAUUAAACUUGCUGGAUUUUGAGCCAGGGUUCUCCAGGACACUUCGCAGUUCUCGGUGAUGACAACUGUUGAGGUCAAACAGGUGCCUGGGAGCCACAAUGAACAUUACUGUAAGAAUCUGACAGAUCAUCACUUGUGAUGGAUCCAAUUACAAGACCUUGCAAGCCUCACAGACCUGAGUCCUGAUGGACCUCAGGUGUUUCCUGUCUAGUGGCAAGACAGACACGCAGUCAUUUUCAAGUUAAAGGUGUCAGCUAUUCCAUUCUACAUUGGCAGUAGUUUGGGGCAGCCAUCUGUGUCUUGGAAAAAAAAUUCAAUCUUUGGGCUAGGAGUAAAGUAAGAGAUUUUUACAUCAUAGUUUUGAUGAAAUUUAAUUUGGGAUACUUGAAGAACAGUUUAAAUAAUUGUCACAAUUUUCUUCAUACCCUGUUUUAUUAUUUUAUCUUAGAACUUUCUUAAAUUGUCAGAAGCCUAAACAGGUACCUCUGUGCAUUAUGUGGUAUCACUGACUCACAGGGAGGGAGCUUUAAGAGGGCAGACACUUUAUCUGUCAGGUAUUCUGCAAAAUGAUGUAAAGAACAGAACCUCCAUCAGUCUAAAACAUGACAAGUUGGCUCAUGAUGGUUCUGAUUCAAACUGUGUAGUAACAAGGCUCCAUGCUGAAAAUCAAUUCUACUUACUACCUUAUUAUAAUUGCAAGUCAUCUGAGUAUAUGCCUGCUCUGGAAUGUACAAGAUUUCUGCUUUGGAAUGCGAAGGCUUUGGCCAGCAGUACCAAGACCCAUACUAUAUGAAAAUCAUAAAUGGAAUAACACACAUCCUGUGCCUCACUGGAGCCUCUGUCAGGUAAAUCUUAAUGAAGCACGAUUUGAGCUUCGAUAAAGCAUAUUUUAAAUAAUUACUGGAGAGAAGUUCUUUCACCUUUGAACAGCUGACUAUAUACAGAUCCUGUACAGUGGUCUUUCAAGAGUCUGACUUAUUUUGUGAGGGUUUUUUUCCCCCAUGAAAUGCACUGUCAGCACAACUUACAUUCUUCAUGGACUCUCUGAGCUCAUGGGCAUUUUCCUCUCUCAGCCAUGUUGGUUUUUUUAAUUUGCACAAAUGCCCACCUUCCAGCAAUACAACUCCCAUUGCUGUAGCUCAGAACAGAGCUGGCAGGGGAGCCUCUCCCCAUGGCUCCAGAUUGGACUAAAGGCUACGCAGAUCCUACUGAGUCUCAAGUGGCCCCCAGGACACAGGGAUUGUAAUAUGCUGGAAAACAUCACACAGACACAUGAGACCAUGGGAUCCAGCAAGCAGAUUCAAGUCUUGAAGCUGCAGCCAGACCUGUACCCAACUGCAAGGCCUGCUCCAAGAGCCUACCAGAAAAUGAACAGUUGAUGUCAGAGACAGGGCAAGGCGAGCCAGUAUGAAACAGAGCUCAGACCUCAGGUGGGGUAUGCAGCUCCUUCAGUCUUAAAAACAUAAAGGGAUUUAAUAUCUCAGGUAACUCUAAAACAAGUUUCUAUCAGUUCACUUGUUAAUAAAAAGUAGCACUUAUUGAAGGCAACUCAGUGCCCAAAGUCUCAGCAGUUGGUGAUGCAAAGGACAAGAGGACUGGCUGUGAUCUCACAAGCCUGGUGUGCAGUCGCUGGAUAGCCAUGCUUACCAAGUGGUGCAAGAGCAUCCUGGCCUAUUGCAAAAAGCACCCCAAACAGCAAUGACAAAUGACAAGAACUACAUGACAUGGGGCCCACAGGGACAGUAUGCAGAGAAGCAGGCACACAUCUCUGAACAAACACUGGAGGCCUUGACCUUAAAAUGAGGUGGUAAGACUGAAGGAUCCCAUGCAGUUGUCUUGGCUGUGGAAACAUUUCUGUGCAGCUCCU